CACAUUCCAGGAGAUCAGAACAAGAUCCCGGAUACCCUGUCUAGGGGUUUGAUAAUUCUAACAGAAUGGACACUCAACAGAGAGAUUGUCCGUCUGCUCUUCACCAAUAUCGACAGACCCCACACCAACCUCGCAACAGCCAUCAGUGCUCAGCUCCCAGUAUUUUGCUCACGGCGCCCAGACCCCAAAGCAUGGGCAGUGGACGCACUAGCAAUAAAAUGGAUCGGGAUGUUCGCAUAUGCUUUCCCACCAAUAUCCUUGCUUCCAAAGGUCCUAAACAAUUUAGAACAGGAGACAUGCUGAAUGUUGUUAGUAGCCCCAUUCUGGCCACACCAACCCUGGUUUCCGAGGCUGAUCAGGCUGGCAGUUUGCACUCCGUGGAUACUACCUCAGAGAGUGGACUUCAUAUUCAAACUGCAGUCCCUUAAUCUUCAUCCAGCCCCAUGGGACCUUCAUUUAACUUGCUGGCCUCUGCGCAAGAAUUGUUCAGAGCAGCAGGCCUUUCUCAAGACGCUGCAGCUCUCGUAGCACACUGCCGCCAAGCCUCUACUUUACGACUCAAGACUUCGGCAUUAUUACAAUGCAACAGCCAUCAAUGCCCUACUAUUACAAUGCAACAGCCAUCAAUAUCCCUACUAACAAAGUCUAGUGAUCAAACCUCAGCUUCUCUGACAUUGGUCGGUGAUUUUUUGCUGUACCUUUACAAUCACAGUCUGACCGUAGCAACAGUCAAGAACUACUGGUCGGCCCUUUCCGCUCUCCACAACGGAUUUGAAGAUGGUUCAGUGAUCUCAAACAACAAAAAGGAAUGUUUUUUGAGCAUCCCCCAAUAAGAAAUCUUAUACCUUCUUGGGACUUCAACCAAGUCCUACAGUCAUUAAUGAAGCCCCCUUUGGAGCCCCUGGGCCAGGCUUCAUUGUACCACAUGACUCUUAAACUAGUGUUUCUCCUGGCUGUAGCCACCUCUCGCAAAAGGAGUGAACUCCACUCCCUUUCGGUUGAACCAGGACACAUUCCUUGGGAACCAGGAGGCAUCCGACUCAUUCCCUCAACGGCCUUCCUGACUAAAAACCAAUCCAUCCGUUUUACACCUCUGGAUAUUUUCGUACCAGAAAUAUGUACAAUAUCGGCUAUCCCUACCGACAAAGUCUGGUGCCCGGUGCAGGCUCUUAAAUGGUACAUCAGCCAGACCAAGGCACUACGUGAGAGGACCUCACAACUGUUCAUAACAACAAGACAUUCACACUGUGCUGCUUCACGUGACACCGUUGCUCGAUGGAUAGUGUCGGUGAUUAAAUCAGCAAACCCGCAUUGGCCUUCAACGGACAAGGGUUCAUCUAAACAGAAGCCUCAUACUCAUACAGUGCGAGCACUGUCAACAUCAUGGGCUUUCUUCAGGGGAGUUCCCCUCGAAGACAUUACGAAGGCAGCAUGUUGGAAAUCCUCCACGUUCACAUCUUGGUACCUCAAAGAUGUGCUCCAAACCGAGGGCGCACCAGGACAGACAGUCCUGUCAGCGGGUAUGUCCUCAUCAAAAAGGAGCACGACAAGAGAGGAAACCUCCUAAGACAUAACAGGAGCACCUCCCUUGUGAUUGAAAAGUACAUAGGAGAGCUUGAAAGUUCCAAACUGAAUACGAGAGAAUUUGAAGAGGAGGAACAACUUGGAAGUGGUACAGAAAGUGACGCACAAGAUAUGAUGCAAACCACAGGAUCUACUUUCAGCAAGAUGCAGAGCAAGUUACAAGCUUUGGAGGAUCGCAAAAUAACUUGCACAAAAAUACUGCAAGAGAUGGAUACAUAUUAUGAUGAAGCAUUUUCACGUGUGAAGCAGUCCACAAGGAUCUCUAUUAAAAGGUCGCUUGCUGAGCUUGAGAGUGGAGGGAAUGUCAGAUUUGAAGAAGGCCAUUCUUCGAGUGCAUGGUUUGCAUCUUGCCAUGAUCUCAUUCUGUCACGAUUCUGUGCUGCUGAUUACAAAGCUUACAACAUACUUGGCAUCCAGAUUCAUGGCAUCACAAGAGUUCAUAACAGAAUGCUACGAUACCGCUUUGACAACAAGCUAUGUGCUAUUAUUGAGGAAGAUGAACCACUUGCUGUCACCAGAACACCUACUCUCAAGAGGCUCCAGGAGUACUUGUUCUUCGUUUGGGAUCCUGAUUUACCAGGUGGUGAAAAUGAACCAGUUAAGAUUCUUGAAGAAGGGCCUAUGGAUUGUGAUACAUACAGUCAACUCGGUCUCCAUGGAGCAGUACAUCUGUCUAAUAGUGUGAGCUUGUGUGAUAAAGCGAGGAUAGAAUCAGCCAUCGGCAAGGCAAAGAAGGAGACGUGCACUGACCCUUGCCCAUUCAGAUUUGGUCAGUUGGUAGUGUGUAAGGUGUACCUUGGAAAAAGUCUUCCAGCCUUGGAUGUCAACGUGAAGAUAAGCAAGCAGCUCUAUCCAAGUGCUGACUCAGUUUUCAAGCCUAAGAAUUUCAGUCUUGAAGAGAACGAGCAUCAGUGUGAAUGUUCUGCCAGACAGUGUGAAUGGUUCAUCUUUGAUCAUGAACUUGUACUUCCAGAGUAUGUCAUUGACUUUGAGUACAAAACAAAGGAGGUACCACCUUCUCCAUUUAUUGAUGUGAGUGAUAACCAGGCAGUGGAGCGAAAACCGAUCGAGCAAAGUUUUGACCUAGAUGUAUUGAGGUUGGACCCCGUAGUUAAACCCAGACCGAGGCUUGUUUCGCUAUCUGAAGAUGUUAUUCUGCAAAUUAGUGGUGUAACUUCACUCACCUUAGUCUCGGUGCUUAAUCUCCAUGGCAAUGGAUUAACUAAACUGAGAUGCAUAUCGUCACUUACAUCCCUGCAGAAGUUGAUCAUCAGUUUCAAUGAGUUGUCAAAGCUGGAGGAUCUGGCGUAUCUGCCACACUUGGAGUUUAUUGAUGCCAGUUUCAACAAGCUUUACACACUGGAUGGAUUCAGGGGUAUGAGUAAAUUGAAGUACCUGGAUAUUAGCUGGAAUGAGCUGACCAACAUGAAGGAUGAUUUGUCAAUUUUACGCAAACAUGCAACAGGUCUGACUUGCCUUGACUUGAGACAUAACAACUGGCAGAAGCCUGAUGGUGUUAGACUACGCACCAUUGGACGCCUCAAGUCAUUAUCGCUGCUUGAUGGUCAAGCAGUCACCGAGAGUGAAGCAACUGCAGCAUUGAGAAUGGCUGCUGGGUCUCGAGUUUCUCAGGUGUCUCUACUUGCUCACACAAGGACUGACUCUUGUAGGCCAAGAAGCCUCAGCCUUGCAUCCUGUGCCCAGCUACUGACACAGAUCAGCCGUCAGAAGCCUGAUAGAUUAUGUGAAACAGAUGGCAACUGGUACAGCAAGGUAACAACACUUAAUCUUGAUGGGCAGCAUAUCAGCAAAUUGUCCAACCUAGAGAGAUUAGUAAAUCUUCGAUGGGCUUCCUUCAAUAACAAUGACCUGACAAAGAUCGAAGGCUUAGAUGAAUGCACACAACUAGAGGAACUUGCUCUUGAGGAUAAUUGCAUUUAUAAAUUGGAAGGCAUUGGUAAACUGACGAAGCUGCAUACCUUGAAUCUCAGCUCCAAUAAUAUAAGCACACUAGAAGCAGCAGGGUUGGAGAGGUUGACCCAACUCCAGUGCCUAGCUGUUUGUAACAACAGGAUCUCAUCUCUUGCUGGACUAGCAAAAACACUGUCCCUUUUGGAGUUAUACAUUGGGAAUAAUCGUAUCCAGAAUAUCAGAGAGAUUUUCAAUCUCAAGCAUCUGCCCAACUUUGUUAUCCUGGACUUGUUUGGAAACCCUGUGGCAUCAGUGGAAAAUUACAGACUGUUUGUGGUGUAUCACCUCAAGAAUUUGAAGGCCUUGGAUGGAUCUGCUGUGGAAUCUUCAGAAGGGGGAACUGCCAAGGAUAAAUUUGGUGGUAGGUUGACACAAGACUUCGUGGCAGAGAAACUAGGUCACUCUAAUUUUCAUGAAGUGCGGGAGCUCGACUUUCCCCAGAGUGCUCUUCGACAGGUUGACCUCGGCACAGGGGAACACUUUAUUAAUCUGAGAAGUGUGAACCUGGAGCAUAACAGUUUGCAGUCAUUCUGUGGUCUUGUCUACCUGGUGAACCUAAGGGUGCUGUGUUUGAACCACAAUCAUAUUGAAUGUAUCUUGCCGCGCCCCAAGGCUUGUGGAAGUAAAGGAUACCUAAAGGGAUACAGAGAAGACCUGACAGACAUUUAUAGCCCUGGGAAUUUCACACCCAUUCUAGAAAAUCUGGAAGUACUCCAUCUAGGAUAUAAUGGAAUCACUGACCUAAUUAGGCUUCAGAUUAGCCGUUUACCAUCUCUCAAGGCUCUCUUCUUACAAGGAAACGAGAUCAGCAAAGUGGAAGGCCUUGAUAGCUUACAGGAUCUAAGAGAGAUAGUUUUGGAUCGCAACAGAAUUAAAGGGCUAUCAGAGUAUUCUUUCAUGAAUCAGUGGAACUUAGUGGAGCUUCACAUGGAAGAAAACAGAGUAAGAGAUCUGUCUCACUUGCAGUAUCUGGAGAAUCUUCAGAGGCUGUAUCUUGGCAGUAAUAGAUUACAGGAUGUCUGUGAGCUGGAAAAGCUUGAAGCACUGCCAAACCUCAUCGAGCUGUCUGUUAUCAGCAAUCCCGUAUCCAGAAGGUUGAUGCAUCGUCCGUUGCUUGUGUUGAGACAACCUAACUUGCUGUGCAUUGAUGGAAUACCAGUUAGUCCAGAAGAGAGGACUAAGGCAGAGAUGUAUUUUCUAGAGCAACAGCCUGCAACAUCUGGGACUUCCACUCAAGAAACAAGCUUGCCAGGGAUUUCACCAUACAAAAACCAGGCUGCUCCAGUUAAGAUCACAAAUGUACAGCUCCAAGGAGCAUCAAUGGACAGAUCCAACUGGGGCCAAUCUGCCCAGUAUUCAACUUUAGAAGACCAAGUGGGAUACCAGCAAGACAAUUUCAGAGCACCAAACAGGAGGCAGCGUUCUGUGCAUUCUGACACAACUGUAUCGGCCAACAUAAAUGGAAACAGGGCAGCCCAGUCCAGCCAUGCCCAAGGUCACUCAAGGACUCAGUAUCAGCUACAGCAUCAAGUACCAUAUGUACCCCACCAGGGACACUACCAAGGCGCCACAACUUACGAGGAUGGACUUCAAAGCAAAUACUGUCAGAAUAAUGGGGGGAAAGGUUUGCCUCACUGAUAUGCAUAUGUUAGGUUAAUUCCAUAUCAGGGGCGGAUCCAGAAAUUUUCGCGGGGGGGGGGGGGGGGGUUUCAUCGGCAAAAAAAUGUAAGUGCAUUUCUUUUGGGCCAUGAUAAUACUAUGCACAAAAAAGCAAUGGUCAAUUCCUGUAAUUUACCCUUAGGGAGACAAGUUAGAUUAAGGAGACACUUCAAUAUCUUUCUGUUUCAACUUGUAUUUCUAGGAAAAUGUUGAUGUAGCAAUAGCAUUACUCAAGUCUGAAGUCACAAGUGACAAUCAGUGAGAUAGGCAUAAACAGGGCACAAAGCUGGCCCUGUUGGACCAGCAACAAAUCGCCAACUUGUGAAUUCUAAUAUACCCUGUGAAAAUAUAUCCUUGAGAAAGUGAUAAUUGAAUAGCUUUUGAAGAUUGGUUUAUUUGUUUCACAAUUUGUAAACCAUAUGGUUGUUCUGCACACACUCAGGCAUGAAAAAAAAAAAAAAGCAUGAAACUUAUUGGUCUAUUUGUUUUAACAAAUCUGUGCACUGUUUAUAGAAGGUGCAACAUACUACCUGUGUGGUUUAUUGACAAUUUCUUGUUCUUAUAAUAAAGUCUGAUCCACAAAUUAAGAAGAUGCAUUUCUUUACCUGGCUAAAUAGUUCUAGAUGACAAAGUAGAAUUGGGGGCGAUUUUAUGGAGAUGCUAGCACAUCAGCCUGCUGAUAAUUAUAGCAAACUAAUUGCUCAGCCAAAAACUGGUUUCCAGCUAAAUAUUGUGAAAGUGUUUCCCUGAUAUUGGCCAAGCACAUAUUUUUUUUAAGCAGUUUUUUUGCUCAGCAUCUUCAUGAAAUUGGGCCUAAUUAACUCCUAGACUACAGGUACAUGUACAUACAAAGUGGAGUGUUCUUGAUCUGGUGUAUAUUGUAUAGUGAUUGGGUUUCAAUCCAAAUACCGGUGUACUGUUUUUGCUGAGGUGGCGAUGAUCCAAGUUCAAGCCAAAAGUUCGAAGUUAAAAAUUAGCAGGUAUCAAAAGUUUAAUAUUGAAACCUUAUAUUUUGUUUGCAAGUUCAAAUGAAAUAAAACCUGGUACAAAUUUGAAGUUCGGAGAAGGUUCAAGGAAACAGACAGGAUUUUUUAAAAUAUCAUUUGAAAUACAAUGCAAAUUUUACAGUAAAAACGUCCAAAAACGGGGUUUAAAAUGUUAAGUCCAGUGCAUCAUUUAUUAUACAUAAAUACCUGAGUUAUCUUACCCAUUCAGGCACUUUGUUGAAUAAAUAGAGUGUAAUACAUUACUGAACAGCAUCUUCAUGAAACAUUUAUGAAUUUGAACAAAUGCAUCCCUUUGGGUUUGAGUAUUUUUUUCAUACAUUAUAAUUAAAUGUCACUUCUGUUUUGAUAACAUCAUCCCUGGAAAAAAAAUCCAACAUGAUUAUCAAUUUUAAUAGACAGGUUAAAUCAACAACAUACGUUAAUAAAAGAAUUUCUGACCAUAUGAGUAUGUAUUGAUACACCUAUAUUGAGGACCAAAAGUGGACAACCCAUUUUCUCAAAAAUCGGCUAGAACAAAAACAGAAUGGUUGAAAUGGAGUCCUCUUUCUGAAUUUUCAUUUGUCUAUUAUCAAAAAUUUGGAUUUUUAUUUUCUUGUACACAGGUGGUCAAAAGUGUAAAAACCAAAUUUGUGAAUUUCUACUAGCAAAAAAUCGGAAAGAGCGUCUACGACCAAACCAAAAUUUUUGAAUUUCUACGAGCAGAAAAUCGGAAAUUGUGUUUAUGACUAAACCGAAUUUCUGAAUUUCUACUAGCAGAAAAUCGGAAAUUGCGUUUACUACCAAACCAAGUUUCCAAUUUUUACUAGCAGAAAAAAUGGAAUAAGCAUUAGAUACUCAACAAAAUUGGAAUCAUUGGCA